UGUAUAUUAAUAAUAAGAAAAAAAUUGAUCCAAUUUAUAAGUAAAUCGAAUCUAAAAACCAAACGCUACAGCUACACCCACAACGAAAACCGAUCAUUGCACCAUGACUAGUCUUCAUCAAGUGAUAAAAGUAGAGUUCUACUUAGAAGAUCGCAAAAUCCAGUGCCAACACUCUUGGACUCACCCGUCUAAACCAUCUUAUCAUGCUACCUGCUGUGUGUUAUCUCUUGAACUAAAGUGACAUCGUAGCAGCUUUGAGGACGACCACGCUUUGCAGUACUCUUGCGCAAAAGCCAAUCACACAUCGACAAAAGCAUCCAACAAGACUUCGUCGGGCCACUCGCCUGGUCCGCCAGUCAUGUCGCCGGGCAGCGGUGCGGCCGGCGUCGGCGCUGAGACAGCGCCGCACUUCGUGCUGGUGCCGAUGAUGGCCGCGGGCCAUGCCGGCCCGAUGCUCGACAUGGCGCGGGCCCUGGCGUGCCGGGGCGCGCUCGUCACGUUCGUCACCACGCCCCUCAACCUGCCCCGCCUCGGCCGCGGCCCCGGCGACGACGCGCUCCCGAUCCGCUUCCUCCCGCUCCGCUUCCCCUGCGCCGAGGCCGGCCUCCCCGAGGGCUGCGAGAGCCUCGACGCGCUCCCGGGCGCCGGCCUCCUCGGCCGCUUCAACGACGCCUGCGCCAUGCUCCGCGCGCCUCUCGUUGCGCGCCUCCGGGACGACGCCGCCGCCCCUCCGGCAAGCUGCCUCGUCGCCGACGCCUGCCACCCGUGGGCCGGCGCCGCGGCCCGGGAGCUCGGCGUGCUGCGGCUCGCGUUCGACGGGUUCUGCGCCUUCUCCUCCUUGUGCAUGCGCCAGAUGAACGUCCACAGGAUCUUCGACGGCGUCGACGACGACAGGCGCCCCGUGCGCGUCCCGGGUUUCCCCAUCGACGUCGAGAUAUCGCGGGCGCGGUCGCCGGGGAACUUCUCGGGCCCCGGCAUGAAGGAGUUCGGCGAGGAGAUCAUGGCCGAGAGCGCGAGGGCCGACGGCCUGGUGGUCAACAGCUUUGCGGAGCUCGAGCCCCGGUUCGUCGACGCCUACGAGGCGGCCAUCGGCAAGAAGGUGUGGACCGUUGGGCCUCUGUUCCUGAACACCAUGCCGGCGGCGGCGGCGACUGCCGAGGGCGCGGCCGCCGCCCGGUGCGCGAGUUGGCUCGAGUCCAGGAAGCCCCGUUCCGUGGUGUUCGUGAGCUUCGGCAGCCUGGUGCGCUCGUCGGUGGCGCAGCUCGCCGAGAUCGCGCUCGGGCUGGAGGCGAGCGGCCGGCCGUUCAUCUGGGCGGUGAAGCCCGGCAAGCUCGCCGAGUUCGAGCGGUGGCUGUCCGGCGACGGCUUCGAGUCCCGCGUCGGGGAGACGAUGGGGCUCGUGAUCAGGGGCUGGGCGCCGCAGAGGGCGAUCCUGUCGCACCCGGCAGCGGGCGCCUUCGUGACGCACUGCGGCUGGAACUCCGUGCUGGAGUGCGUCGCGGCGGGGCUGCCGAUGGCGACGUGGCCACACUUCGCCGAGCAGUUCAUGAACGAGAGGCUGGUCGUGGACGUGCUGCGGGUCGGGGUGCCCGUGGGCGUCAAGGACGCGGCGCCGUGGGGCGUUGAGGCGGCGGCCGUGGACGUGGUGGCGACGAGGGAGGACGUGGCGAGCGCCGUGGCGGCGGUGAUGGACGGCGGGGAGGAGAGCGCCGCGCGGCGGACGAGGGCCGCCGAGCUCGGCAGGAAGGCGCGGGAGGCCGUGGCGACUGGCGGCUCGUCGGACCGGAACGUGGCGCUUCUCAUGGAACACGCCGGGCGGAAGAAAACCACAGCUUGAGAACAACAGCAAGCCGCCGAGCGGGCAAGCGAGAGAGAAGGCAUGAUGGUUGUGAGACGUUGACUAGUUUUAAAGGCCAGGGCAAGUGUAAUCAGCCAGCAUAUUUGAAGACGAAAUGGCCACUGAGUUCUCUCUAGCCUCGCCGUUUACAGGUGACACUUGAAUCUGUUUAGAGCAAGUACAACAGUGCAGACAGCUGCUGUCUUUUUAUCAUAAACAGAUAGUUGAACAGACAGUUUGUACAAUGACCUGUCUGUUUGACUGUCUGCAGGGUGAUUAAUUUAUCCUUUAACACACAAACUCAUAGUGAUCUAAUACAUAAUUGAUCUUUAUAGCUA